AUGAAACGCAGCGCUCGGCGUGUGAUGGAACGCAGCAGCGCCCCGCCCCUGUGUCUGCAGUGCAUUCGGCCCGGUGUCUAGUACUACGGUGGCGUCUAGUUUGUACUACUGCUGCGUCCAGCUGUGCCUGUGUGUGGUGAGAGCCGGCGUCUGCAGUCCCGAGCAGUGCGGCAGCGUUAGUGACAAUGCUUGAAUGCUGGUUAGUGAGUAAAGAAAAUGCAUGUCAUAGAAUCAAACUACCUCAUGCAGAGGCAGUGGUAAUUGGACGAGGACCAGAGACGAAAAUAGUGGAUAAAAAGUGUUCCAGACAACAAGUGCAUCUGACUUCUGAUUGCAACAAAGGUUUUGUGAGAGUCAGACAGAUAGGAACUAAUCCAACCAGUAUUGACUCUGUGGACAUUGGUAAAGAUCAGGAAGUGAAGUUGAAGCCUGGCCAUGUUUUAUAUGUGGUGAAUAAGCUAUUCCCUUACACGGUACAAUUUUUAAAUAAACCAGAAGCCCCAGACUCACAACACCUCCAGCAGAAGAAGAGCAGCAAGAGGUCACACCAGAGCUCUGUAAAUGCUAGCAUGGAAGCCUCUGCAAAGUGCUCCAGACUGGAAUCUGAUGAUGUGCUGAACAAUAGCAAGAGUAUGGAGAACACCAGAGCUGAAAAGAAACCACAUGGGCAUGAGGUUAAAAGUCAAGGACACUGGAGCCAAGGGCUUAAAGUUUCCAUGCAGGAUCCAGAAUUGCAGGUUUUUAAAGAUGACAAAGUUGUGGUGAUCAAGGACAAAUACCCCAAAUCACGAUACCACUGGUUGGUCUUACCAUGGGAAUCCAUCUCCAACUUGAAGGUGCUGCGAGCAGAACAUCUGGACUUACUAGAGCACAUGCAUUCAGUGGGAGAGAAGAUUGCACAGCAGCACUCAACGCUUAGCAGAGCACAGUUUAGAUUAGGUUACCAUGCUAUUCCCAGCAUGAGCCAUGUUCAUUUACAUGUUAUCAGUCAAGAUUUUGAUUCUCCAUGCCUUAAAGUGAAGAAGCACUGGAACUCUUUCACCACUGACUAUUUUUUAGAGUCUGAGGAGAUCAUAGAUAUGAUCAAAUUAAGAGGAAAAGUGACAGUGAAAGAUGGAGUUGCUGAACUUCUGAAAUCGUCUCUCCAGUGCAACGUGUGCAGAUUGCCUCAAGCCACCAUCCCACAGUUAAAGGAACAUCUGAAGAAACACUGGAGUUAGUAGAAAUGACAUUUACAAAAAUGUACAUGAUUCAGUGUAUGUAACUGCAGAGUUAAUAAGUCUGUUACUUUAACUUCUUUGCAAUAAAUUUUCUUUUUAUUA